AAUCAAAUGUAGGGACAAAAAUAGUGCUGAUAUACACGUUUUCAUUUUGACACGUAAGCUACCUUGCACCACCUCUCUCUCUCUCUCUCCCUCCGCCCACACAUCACACACACACACACACACACACGCAGCUCAUAACACAGUCCUGCUUCAGGACUUCAUCAAUGGAGAAUCUCUGCACAAUUGCCACCAACCCAUGUUUAAAUCCAUGUUCAUUCCCUCUCAAACCCGCCGCAAGACCUCCAUUUUCGCCGCCGGAGCUGCUGCGGCCCAGGAAAAAAUCUCACCGCCCGUUUGCCGUAAAAUCCGUUUUGAAAUACGACCCGUUAGAUUCUAUUGCUAAUGAUGCUGGAAACCAUGUUCUUAAUGUGGAUCCCGUCUAUGAACCCACCCCUCGUAAUCGCCCCCUUCGAACCCCUCACAGCGGGUACCAUUUCGACGGAACCAGUCGUAAAUUUUUCGAGGGAUGGUAUUUCAAAGUUUCAAUUCCAGAAUGUAGGCAGAGUUUCUGCUUUAUGUAUUCUAUUGAGAGCCCAUCAUUCCCCAAGAAAUUAACCGCACUGGAAACCGCACAGUACGGCCCUCGAUUUACGGGCGUUGGAGCUCAAAUUCUAGGCGCAGGCGAUAAGUAUAUUUGUCAGUACAACGAAGGAUCACGCAACUUUUGGGCAAAUAGGGAUGAACUGAUGCUUGGUAAUACUUUCGUGGGGAAAACGAAUACGAAGCCUCCAAAGAAAGAGAUCCCUCCACAGGAGUUUAAUCAAAGAGUUACGGAAGGUUUCCAAGUUACCCCGCUUUGGCACCAAGGCUCUAUUCGUGAUGACGGAAGGACAAAUUAUGCGGAGACUGUAAAGACUGCACGGUGGGCAUACAGCACGCGCCCUGUUUACGGAUGGGGAGAUGUCGGGUCAAAGCAAAAGUCAACUGCCGGAUGGCUUGCCGCUUUCCCUGUCUUUGAACCUCAUUGGCAAGUAUGUAUGGCGGGCGGACUUUCAACUGGUUGGAUUGAGUGGGAUGAUAAACGCUACGAGUUUAAAGAUGCUCCAUCAUAUUGUGAGAAGAACUGGGGUGGUGCCUUCCCUAGAAAGUGGUUUUGGGUGCAAUGCAACGUGUUUGAAGGAGCUGAUGGAGAAGUUGCUCUGACUUCUGGUGGUGGAUUAAGACAGAUCCCUGGUCUGACUGAGACUUUUGAAAAUGCUGCAAUGAUUGGAGUUCACUACGGUGGCGUUUUCUACGAGUUCGCACCAUGGAAUGGAGUGGUUAACUGGGAAGUUGCUCAAUGGGGCCAUUGGUUCAUUACUGCCGAAAAUGAAACACACACGGUUGAAUUGGAAGCAAAAACAAAAGAUCCCGGUACAACAUUACGCGCUCCCACCUCAGAAGCAGGCCUUGCUCCAGCAUGUAAGGACACUUGUUUUGCCGACUUAAGACUCCGAAUAUGGGUAAAACAAAACAAUGGAACUCAAGGGAAGGUUAUAUUGGAUGUGACGAGUAAAAUGGCGGCAGUAGAAGUCGGGGGAGGACCAUGGUUCAGCACAUGGAAAGGCAAAACGAGCACACCCGAGAUUAUCAAUCGUGUUGUCGGCCUUCCUAUUGAUGUUGAAGGACUCUUCGGUUUUGCACCUUUCUUCAAACCCCCCGGUUUGUAGUUUCAUAUUAUUAUUAUCCGAUACAAGAUGCUUCUAGAAUCUUCCAUUCUCGACCCGCCCCGGAAGAUCGGUUAUUUUGGACAGGUGGCACACGGGCUUUCCAAGAAAAUUCAUAUGUAUUAGUAUUACCAAAGAUUAUAUAGUAUAUUCUUUCUUGUGGUCAUGGGUUAACACUUGACAUGGCAGAUAACGAGUGGUGCAAUCAAUAAGUUUGGCAAAGCAUUCAAUUUUUUCUUUA